UUCUUGUGCUCCCACGUUCCUCACUGUCGGAGAGGCGUUCAGGGCUAUUGUGGACGCUCCUUCGACGACGUCGGGCCCUGGUGACUUCAUCAAGGCGAAUUCAUCUCAUCCUCUUUACGACUUACGAACUCUUACGAGAAACCUAAACAUAUCUACCACUACUCAAUUUGAUUACGACAGAAUAUAAUGAGUGCAGAGAACGAAAGAUGCUUCAAAGAGCGUACGGAGGGUGAGCCAUCGUUGUUGCAGAACGGAGACUUGGUAUUCGGAACUCACCAUGUUGGAUGGAUAAUCGCCUCAUUAUUUACAUUUAUGGCAACCGCUGUGUCGAUUUGGUUGGUCUGCAAGCACCUGAAAUGGUACACAAAUAAACGAGAGCAGCGCCAUAUCGUCAGAAUCUUAUUCAUGGUACCGGUUUAUGCCAUCAUUAGUCUUGGUUCGUAUUUCUUCUGGAACCACUCGACACCACUGAUCCUACUCCGAGACUGUUACGAGUCCACCGUCCUCACUUCAUUCUUCUACCUCUUACUGAUCUAUAUGAAUCCCGAUCCUGAAGAGCAAAGAAUGAUCUUUCGGAAAGUCGGUCUAUCUCAAGUGGCCGAUAACGAAACGUUACGAAAGGGAGAAGAGAUCAAGAAGUGGGUCUUUCCGUUAGGGUUCAUCAAGUGGAAACCUGCGGACGGCCUAUAUUUCUUGCAAGCCAUGAAAUGGGGUGUUUUGCAGUAUUGUGUCCUGAGGCCGCUGACAACUCUCGCUGCCGUUAUCCUCGACUAUAUUGGCCUAUAUUGCGAGUCGUCUUGGAGUCCUGGUUGGGGUCACAUCUAUCUUGUGGUCAUCGUGUCGCUUUCGGUCACCGUCGCCAUGUACUGUCUAAUCCAGCUCUACGUCGUCUCUUCCGAACAGCUGGCACCCCACAAACCGCUUCUCAAGUUAUUCGCUAUCAAAGCGGUUGUGUUUUUGACCUUUUGGCAGGCAACCUUCUUGGGGGUACUCGCCAUGUUUGGCGUGGUGAAGGAUACGAAGUUUAUGACUGCAGAAGACGUCAAUAUCGGCAUCGGCGCAUUGCUGGAGACAUUCGAAAUGACGUUGUUCGCCUUUCUACACGUCAAAGCGUUCACCUAUAAGGUAUACAAACCAAUCACGGGUUCGGAAGACCUACCGCCUUUACCAACUAAUCGGCUGAGAGCCCUAGGGCACGCUAUGGACUUUCGGGAGACGUUUCGCGAGUUAUGGGCUGGAUGCGUGUAUAUGUGGUCAAAGAUGCGUGGACAAGAACCUAAAGUGGAUGUCGUAGCAAGGAGACAGGGAUAUUAUGAGAAUGCGUUUGGCAGAGCCCGACCAUCGGCUUUUACUACGACACCUAGUGGAAAUGAAGGUCUCAAUGAUAAGGACCGUGACGUGAUGUUUCCUUCGGUUAGAGUGAACGUGGAACGUACGAUGGAGAUUGGUGGGCGACGCGAAUGGUUAGGGGCAGGGAAUUACUAUGGGUAUGGGAUAUAUAGGGAGAAGAGUGAGGAGCUGGAAGAGCAGAUUGAAGCGGAACUUGCUAGACGGGGGUACGGACGAGCAGAGAUUGGAAGAAGAGGAAACAUCAAACCUUCUGCCGAAGAAGAGGUCGGACAUCCGCGCGAGCGGUCAUGGUGGCGCACACUUUACAAUCGCAUCUCACAGUCUACGGAGCCUGAGUAUGAGUCCAGGCUUUCUCCUUCCCCGUCACGGAAAGUCACACAUUCGAAAAGGCGAUCAUCUCGGAGAUCUUUCAGACGUCAGGACCGCGACGUAGAGCAGGACCUCCUAACCGACUAUCGCAUUGGAAUGGAUGACCCGCCUCCUCCAAGCUUGAUUAGAAAAUAUCGUGCUAGUACCCAGAGUCCACAAGGAAACUCACUCUAUGUUGAUGCUCGACAUCAGGACUCGGAUGCUUUGUCUCCACUCUCUGUCUAUAAUGAGUGUCGUCAUUCCCAAUUUAAACGGCAGCAGCAACAACAGAGAGGAAAUGUUCCCCCUCCGAUGCAGCUACUGCCACCCUCAGGCCGACCAGCCGAUAGGCGUCUUCUGUCACCCCCGGUGCUAGGCUCGAGCCCUCCGCCGAAUUCACUUCUCCUGGCGCCCGUUGUACAGCAAGGUAUUCCGUCAAAUGAUAGUCUUCUGGAACGUAUGUUCCCUUCCAAAACAGAUUUGGUAUCGUCUACAGAACAUACCGAUGGCGGAUUCAUGACCUCUGCCCCACCAUCUGCUGAGAACGGGCACGUUGUCGGUCUAGCUGGGGAAAGGCGAACUUUUCUAUCACAGACGCCUACGCCAGUGACACCAGAGGUAGCAGCUCAUCGGAUUGAUGGGCUUUAUCGUUCUCCUCGCAACAGAAUGAGUACGCCGACCUCACCGCAGGCCUCUAAUUCUUUGGCAUCCCCGCAGAGGUCACAAGUCUACUCUCAGCAACACCUAUCUCGUGUACAUAGACAGUCCCUUCCAGCUCCAGGUCUACGGCAGAACCAUAUGGCAUACCCACCACCGCCAGGCCAUCGCUUCGCCCCCAAGGUUCUGACUGUUCCGGCACUUCUUGGAUCGACACAUAAAAAAGAGGCAAGACCGCCUCAAUAUAGUCCAGAGCAGAUGGACAGUACGGUCGCGCAGUCCUCAUUUUCUGGGACGCCAGACGUUGCAAAGUACCGUAGUCCCAACCAAUACGAGCAUCUGCAAGAGGAAUCCAGCCGAUACCCAGGUUUACUCUCAACACGCAAAUUCCUGACUCCAUCAACGAUACCCGGGAGGAUACCUAGCUACACCAACCAUCGCUUCCCUGGUGGUGCUUUUUCUCAUUCUAACGACGAUUACGAAUCGCCUGGGGGGUUUGGUACGAGCCAGAACCGUUGAUCAUGCUUUUACGAUUCUUUACGAUCUUAGAUCCGAGUGCUCUAUGUUUAUGAUUUUGAUGAUUAUUGAUAUUUAUUACUUGCUACAUAAGGUUACUGAUGGCUAUUAUUGCUCUUCAUGAAUGAUACGACACCCGGAAAAAAGAAUACACUAGUUCUACGCA